AUGUCUAUAGGAGUAUUGGCUAGGAUUUUGGCUUAAAAGGAAAUUGUAGAAGAUGUAUGUAGUAUUAUUUUAAAGGGGUAUUAUAAAAAAUCUGCUCUUUAACUAUGCGAGAAGAGAAUUUAAGAGGAGAAGGUCGCUUUUGAUAAAAAGCAG